AUGGACCUGCUCGCGCAGUACUCCGGCAGCAGCGACCGCGGCGGCGACGACGACGACGACGCGGCGACGACGUACGUCUCCAGAUCGGUGAACGCGGCCCCGGACGUCGUCGUCGCGGGGAAGGCGAUGACGACGGACGACCAGGGGAGGGACAUCGUCGUCGCGACGAACGUGGCGUCGCAGAUGAUAGAUCCCGCGAAGAAGAAGAUGUGGCACAACCCUAAAUACGAAGACCUCCACGCGCCGCUGCAAGGCCCGCAUCACCCGGUCCACGGCGACGUCGGCGUGUCGAGGGCGACGAGGAAUCACGCGCAGGGGCACGUCCAGACGGUGCGCAUGAACCAGUUCACGUUCGACGAGCAACACGCGACGUUCCAAGCCCAAGGGUGGGCCGCGGAGCCCUCGGGGCGAGGGUUCGUGGGCGACAUGAACGCGCUGAGGGAGGCGAACGCGGACACGGUGUACGGGAUGAACCGCGCGAAGCGGCAGAAGAUGCGCGAUCAGAUCAUCGCGGAGAUGGCGUCGCACGACGACGGCGAGAAACCGGAUUUCAGCGCGUGGGCCCCCGCGCGCGACGCGAUGCCGCCGCUGAAGACGACAGACCUCACGGAGGAGCAAAAGGAGUACGUUACGUGGCACGCCGCGCGGAGGGAGGCGAACAUGCGCGCGCGGGGGAAGAUCAGGGACGAGGAUGGGAACAAGAUCACGGACGCCGCCGCCGCCGCGGGCGCGGAGGGCGCGGAGGGCGCGGGCGCGGAGGACGACGGGAAGAGCGGCGACCGGAGCUUCUUCCACGGGAAGGAGCUCAAGAACUACGCCGGCGAGGCGUGGAUCGCGCCGCCGAAGGACCGGAAGAAGGAGAACGAUCACUGCUACGCGCCGAAGCGGUGCAUUCACACGUGGAGCGGGCACACGAAGGGCGUGCAGGCGAUUCGAUUUUUCCCUCACCACGGCCACCUCAUCCUGAGCGCGGGUCUGGACAGCAAGAUCAAGAUCUGGGACGUGCACAACAGCGGGAAGUGUAUGCGGACGUACUUGGGACACGACAAGGCGAUCAAGGACAUUCAGUUCAACAACGACGGCACGCGGUUCAUAUCGUCGUCGUGGGAUAAAAAGUUAAAACUCUGGGACACGGAAACCGGAAAGGUGAUUCGGACGUUGACCUCCGGCAAGAUCGCGUACGCGGUGAAAAUGCACCCGGACGAGGACAAGCAGAACAUUCUCAUGGCCGCGCAGAGCGACAAGAAGAUUCUGCAGUACGACAUGAACUCCGGGGACGUCGUGCAGGAGUACGACCAGCACUUGGGCGCAGUGAACACGAUCACGUUUUGCGACGAGGGCCGGCGUUUCGCGACGACGUCGGAUGACAAAUCUCUGCGGGUGUGGGAGUUUGGGAUCCCCGUGACGAUGAAGUACAUCGCGGAUCCGUCGAUGCACUCGAUGCCCGCGGUGACCGCGUCCCCGAACGGGAACUGGAUCGCGUGCCAGAGUCUCGAUAACCAGAUCAUGAUUUACAGCACGAAGGAUAAAUUCCGUCUGAACAAGAAGAAGCGGUUCACCGGGCACUCCAACGCGGGGUACGCGUGCCAGGUGAACUUUUCCCCGGACGGAAGGUUCAUCAUGUCCGGCGAUUCGGAGGGGAAGUGCCACUUCUGGGACUGGAAGUCCGGGAGGAUUUUCAAGACGCUCAGGGCGCACGACAAGGUCACGAUCGGGUGCGAGUGGCACCCGUUGGAGCAGUCGAAAGUCGCGACGUGCUCGUGGGACGGCACGAUAAAAUACUGGGACUGACGUAUGUAGCAUUGCUCAAAUACUCAUCACACUACUACUC